AUGGUAAUCAAAGAUACAGAGAACAUGAGCAAUCGUGUUGAGAACGAUGAAGAAGCUACGCAAGAGUCCUCUACGGAUAAUGAAGCACCCGUGAAACGAAAGCGUGGCAGACCUAGAAAGCCUGUUGAAGAGAAACCCGCACCAGAUCCCGCUGAUGGUCCCGUUAUUAAAAGAAAACGAGGAAGACCAAAGGGAUCUAAAAAUAAGAAUCCCAAGCCCAAACCAGAAAAAACCGGUUCACCGCGCCCGAGAGGCCGACCACGAAAGUGGCCCGCUCCGGAUGCUAAUACUCCAAAGAGAGGGCGAGGAAGACCGAAAAAGGAUUCAGGCGCAGGAUUACCGACAAUGGUCGACCAAGAAUCAUCUGAUUCGAUGGGAAACAUUACCCAUGAUCCCGUACCGCCCGAUGAGAUGUUCUCCGACUAA